GUGUUAGCCGCUUGCCUACCGAUUAGAAUUAGAGGGUAGCUACCAAGAAACACAACCAGAAAGGCAGAAACCAUGGCACACGUGCUCUGGCUUCUUCUUCCUGCUGCCAGCAUUGUCAUAUCGCACCUGCUUCCAUUAGCUGCCCCCAGCAGUGCUGCCGACAGUAUGGUAGCGCCGCCGCCAUGGCCGGACUGCCCUCGCAAGUGCGGUGAGGUAGAUAUUCCCUACCCAUUUGGCAUCGGCAAAGACUGCUCCUGGCGGGGCAUGUUCAGCCUCACUUGCAACGACACCUUCAGCCCACCGAGACCCUACGACGGCAACAUCGAGGUCUUGGACAUCUCGUUGGAGGCCGGCGAGAUACGUCUCCUGACCCCGGUGUCGUACCAAUGCCCCUCUACCAAAGCAUCAACAACCCUCAGGUUCAGGAGGCAGCUGCUCAUCUCCACGGCGCGCAACGAGUUCACGGCUAUCGGGUGCAACACGCUGGCUUUCCUGAACAGCUCCAGAUACUACACAGGGUGCAUCACCUCCUGCGUCAGCCAGGAAGAAGCAGCUCAAGACGGCGACAAGUGCUCUGGGCUCGGCUGCUGCCAGAUGCCCAUCGCAGGCAACCUUAGUGUAAUACGGGUCCUGUGGGGCGCACAGAGGACCAGUAGUAGGGCAUGGAGCCCCUGUAGCUACGCCUUCGUCGCCGAGAAGAACUGGUACAAAUUCCAACGGGAGGACCUUGUUCGAAACAACAGCUUCCUUAAGAAGACUGGAAAUAGAGAUGUGACAGAAGUCCCUCUGGUGCUUGAUUGGGCCAUUAAUGGAUCCUGUCCUCCCCGGACUGAGAACGAUGCGUUGCUGGGGUUGGAGGAACCAACUGCUACUGCCUGUGUCAGCGCCAACAGCCACUGUGUUAAUGCUUCACAGGGCACCGGGUACUUAUGCAAUUGCACCAAGGGAUACAGUGGCAAUCCCUACGUCAAUGGCGGAUGCACAAAUGUUAAUGAGUGUGAGCUUCGAAAAUUAGAUCCUACGAAGUAUGAAAAAUUGUAUCCUUGUGGCUAUGGUAGCACGUGCUAUGACACUCCUGGUGAUUACAAGUGCAAAUGCAAUUUCGGCAGAAGAGGAGAUGGUAAAAGUGACAGAGGAUGUGAGCCCAUAUUUCCAGGAUAUGCAAUUGCCGUGGUAGCAACCUUUAGUGCCUCCGUCCUAUUAUGCUUCACGGUCAUGGAGCUUAAAAGACGAAAGCAGAAGAAAUUUUUUGAUAAAAAUGGUGGUGAAAUACUGAAGAGCAUGGGCAUUAAUAUCUUCACUGAGGAGCAGCUAAAGAAGAUCACAAACCGAUACAAUACACCAAUUGGAGAAGGCGCAUUCGGCAAGGUAUUCUUGGGGACUAUCGACAAUAGCCAACGGGUCGCAGUUAAGCGUGCAUCCAUGAAAGGCGAGGUGUUUCCUCAGGAGGAGUUUGUGAACGAGAUUACCUUCCAGUUCCGAAUCAGCCAUCCAAACGUGGUGCGCCUCCUUGGGUGCUGCCUUGAGACAGACAUUCCAAUGCUGGUAUUCGAGCUCGUCCCAAAGGGAAGUCUCUACAACAUGCUCCAUCGCAUGCAAGAUCAGCACACACUCUCCCUGGCAGAUCGCCUGGGCAUUGCCAUUGGCUCUGCGGAAGCUCUUGCCCACAUGCACUCACAUGGUGGUCACAACCAUGUCCAUGGGGACAUAAAGUCUGGCAAUAUCCUCCUCGAUGAAGAUCUCACGCCCAAGGUCUCUGACUUUGGGUCAUCCAAGCUCGUGUCCGUAGCCAGCAUGUACUCCAAGUGGUGCGUGUCAGGGGACAUGAGCUACAUAGACCCGGUAUACAUCAAGUCUGGUUGUUUCACAGAAAAGAGCGAUGUCUAUAGCUUUGGCGUGGUGCUCCUAGAGCUCAUCACAAGGAAGACGGCCAAGUACGGUGACAAAAGCCUCCCUUUAGACUUCGUCAAGUGCUGCAAAGAGGAGGGCAAUGGAAGGAUGUUGUAUGACGGGGACAUCAAGUACAACAAUGUUGCUCAAUCUCACUGUUACAUGGAGUACCUUGAUAGGAUUGGCAAGCUAGCGGUCCAUUGUCUCAUGGAAGAUGUUGACGAGAGACCAAGCAUGGCUGAGGUGGUGGAGGAGCUCAAGCAAGUGAAGUUGAAAGCCUGUGGAGAUAAAAGCACGCAGAUGAAAAAAUGAAAUAAAACUUCCUUUAUCUAACAAAAAGCAUGCGAUGCAAGAACUUAAGCUUUGCAUAUAUCCAGUAUCUAUUGUUGACAUAGGCGAGUAGCCUGCUGAAAUUACAUAUGCAUGAGGACAUGUGGUGUGUAUCUUGUAUAUAUUUUCUUAAUUGUGUUAGUUUGGUGGGACUUCUGAAGCUCCUUGCUUAAUAUAUAUUGUAAAAAUUCUGAGUUCUUGCUCUCUCAAAUAUGGUUGUGCCAAGAAAUAUUUGAAUAUGGAUUGUAUAGGCUUGUAGCUUGUUCAAUAACAUUAAUGCCAAUUUGUCUAUCA